UCUUCUGUUCAGUUUUUCUCAACCUCGGCUCCUUGCUCCCAUAGCUUCAAUGGCGAAGAUUAACCUCCUCUAACCUCAAAAUUUUUCUCUAAUCUUAUCUUAAUUCGUGUGAUUUUCUGAUCUGGGUCUCCAUUAUUUUUGCUCAGAUCAUCGUUUUCAUUGCUUACUAGUCUCUGCAAGUCCUACUCUUCAAACCAUUAACAGGAAACAAGUUUUCUGAUAACUGGGGCUUUAGUGGCUUCUUGAUUGGUAUUCUCAGAUUCUAAGAAAUGGGUUUCGCACGGAAUGGCUUUUUCUUAUGAGAAAUCUUCUUUAGUUGUUUGAGUUUUUCUUUGACGGACUCUCCAAUUAUGGGCAGAGGUAGAGGAAAGGGGAAGAAACAGACUGUUAUUGCUACUCGUGAUGAUCCAGGAAGUGGUGAGGACGAAAAGAUCCCAGCAUACAAGAGAAGAGGAAGGCCACAGAAACCAGUGAAGGAUGAUGUUGAAGAAGAAGAAGAAGCUGAGAAGGUGGCAAUAGAAGAAGAUGGUGAGAAUGAAAAAGGGCCUAUCACAAGCAAAGAUGCAAAAAAUCAGGCUACAACCGAGAACGGAAGGAAGAGGAAAAGAUCCUUACAGACCAAAGAGAACUCAGAUUCAGUCAAAGAGGAGAAUGGCACUGAAACUAAAUCUAACAACAAUGAUCUAAAGUCUGUUGGAUUUCGACAAAAUGGGAGCAGGAGGAAAAACAAGCCUCGGCGAGCUGCUGAAGCUGGUGUUGAGUGCAAAUGAGCUUCUGGUUAGCUGGUGCGAUGCGUUUCUACCUUCUUUCCCAUCGCCAGAUCAGUUACUAGUAUGGAAGCAAGGCUUUGUUGGUUCAUAAAUGUCUUCUUUUUUUUAUAUGUUUUGCCUUUCAUAAUUUCUGAAUUUUAUUUCUUGCAAAUGGAUGGUUUUAAUUGGGAGAUUUGGAACAGGUUAUACCGCUUAUAAUCUUCCAUAAGCUACUUCUACUAUUAUGCAUUUCAUCACGAGUAAACCGAAGCAUUUUUCCCCUACCCAGCAAAACUUCUCCCACUACAUCCAUUUAUGUUGCUCUCAGUUUGGCAUAAAAUUAGCCAUCUCCAUUCUUACAUUAACAAUCAUAUUUUCUUUUUCUUUCCUUGGGAAGUUUUUAUAGUUGAGGCAGAUGAAUUUAUACAAGCUCA